GAAGCCGCGGGCGGAAAGCUAGUAUAUUCAUAAAUUCUUAAAAUUAUAUGAUUCGUGAUAAAUUAACGUAUAAAACUAAGUUCCAAGGAUCCAUCUAUCGUUAUCAGAGGCUCAUCAUAAUAUUAUGUAACUUUUAAAUAAGUAAUAACUUUAUUAGGUACUCGUACCUUAAGAGUUUAAGAUGUGUGCAUCGUUUUUAAAAUGUAAAUUUUUAAUAAACUAUAUUUUUACUAUAAUACGCACGCUUCUAUAAUUAGUUAAUCAAUGUUAAAAAAAAAAUUAGACCACAUACUUACCAAACUUUAAUACCUAGAUUAUACGGUUUACAAUGUUUUACUUAUUACUUUUUAAUAUACGAGUUAAGAUAAAGAAAAGUAAGUAAAUGAUAACAAAAUAGUAUCGUAUUUUUCUUGUUGAACUCUACGGCUGUUUAAAAAAAAUAAUUAAUUGAGUGACCCAGAAGCCUUGUUAUAAAUCGAACUGCAUCCAAACCGGUACUAACGGUAUUUCGAUCAGUUCAUUAUAUCGGAAAUAAAACCCGAUAUAAACGAUAUAUUUUAUCAGAUUGGAUUGGAGAUGUUUAAAAAAACAACGACAGUGUGGUAGACAUUGUGCCCUUAGCGAUAAUGGUAUGAAGAUUCCUUCCUUAUUUAUUUAUUAAUGUGAAAGAUAAUAAGGAUAGAUGAAUGGCUGAAUCUUAGGAUGGAGGUAGAUAAAUUACAAUUUUUCCAUACGAUUAAACAUAACACCAAACAUAAAAAACAUAAAAACCAUACAAACUUUCGCAUUUAUAAUAUUAGUAGGAUUAUAUUCUUUCAUUAAAGUAACAAUGACAGGAGACCAAUAAGAACAAUGUGACAAAGCGUUAAUAAGCUUCAUACUAACAGGAAGACAAAAAUAACACCUCAUCAAUACACAAAUUCCAACGACAGAGAUAAAUUAUUCAACUAUCAAUAAAUUGUGACAUGUAGGUAAUAAAUAAAGAAUUUGGAUUUAUGCGUCUAAAGUUCAACUAAAUGUACUACCUAUCUUCAUCCUCGAUAAAUACAACCUAAACAACGUUUUGCGGUCAUAACGUCUAAUUGAAAGGAGAGGGCUAAAACUCUUCCAUCGAGGUUGUGAAGCUCCAUUGCCCUGGUACUGGCCGCACGCGGCAGUCGCCUGUGCGGUAAAAAAGAAAAAGUUUAAAAAGUUAAGGAAAAAACGCGCGAAACAGCAAAUAGUUUUUAGUCAAAACAAUGGAGAAAUUCCAAGUGGUUUUUGUAUUUUUUGCCGCUGUGAUAGCGUCGAGCAGCUCAAACACAAGUGUAUUUGGAGGCAGAUGUUCGAAAAGGGACCCAAAUGUUGAUGCAUGCUUGCUGCAGAGUUUCAACUCUCUUCUGGAGUACUUGAAGGGAGGUGCGCCGGAGUUUGACAUCGAAGAGUCAGAGCCAAUAGUAAUCGAUGAGCUGUCAAUCGCGCUAGGCGGAGGGCCUGAUGGCUACCGCGCCACGUUCAAGGACAUCCAUGCGACUGGUGCUUCUAACAUGACCAUCACUAAUGUCAGGUCAGAUCUCGAAACGCACCAGUUCCAGCUGACGUUGUUCGGGCCGCACAUAAGCGCGCGCGCACGCUACCGCUCCUCCGGCGUCUUGCUUCUCGUGCGAGCCUCUGGCGGUGGCGACUACUGGGGAGAAUAUGACGGCGUAAAGGCGAAAGUGUAUUUCCGUGGUACGCCGUACUCGCGUGAUGGCCGCACGUACCUGAAGCUUCAGCAGCUCAAACUGGACUUCAGCGUACGAGACAUCCAGAUGGGCGUCGAGAACUUGCACAACAGCAACGCAGUUCUGCAGGCAGCCCUAAACCUGUUCAUCAACACGAACGCGCAAGAACUCCUCAAGGAGAUGAAGCCGGAGCUCAAGCGGGACCUCGCCGACAAGAUGUCGCGCUUCCUCGAGCGGAUCCUCGACCACAUCCCUUACGACGACUGGAUAGUCGACUAGAACUAUAUCCAACAAGCGUAGUCUAAGAAAGAACAAACUUCAAGGGUUAGAGCCCUCGCCCACGGCGACUUUUUAGGAUCGCUACUAACGCGCGUUAGUCGCAUGCAACGUACUACAGAAGUGAUGCCAACGCGCUACUAACGCGCUACAGCAGCGCGACUGCCUCGCUACAAAAAGUCGCCGUGGGCGAGGGCCCUUAGUUACAUGCGAGUUAGUCGAGUGGCGAGUAAUUUAAAAAACACAUAAAAACUCAUUUUAUUAUUGCAAGUAGGCUCAUAAGAAGCACUUUUACACGUCCCAGUAUUAACCGUCCACUGCUUAGGGACAAUAAAUGGGCUAGUGCUGAGAAGAAGCAGCGCAAGAAACUCAGUCACUAUUGCUUAGUAGCUAAACGUGUCCUAACACCAAAAAUUUUGUCGAAUACAUUUUACUAAAUCGUAAAUUCAAGCCAAUCCAUUUGGUUUAUUUUGAUGUUUUGGUCAAAAGCGAGUAGUUUAGUUACCUACUAAAAACAAGUUACUCGGCUAAAUGAUUCGAUUGAUCCAAACAAGGCUCAAGUGUUGAAGAAACUGAAAUAGAACUUAAAUUCUGCGACAACAUGGAUCUGAAUAAUAGAGUAGUGUAACUCAAAAUACUUCUAUUUACAGAAACAGCAAGUAGGUACCUAUAGUUCUCUAAGAUUCUGAUAAUCGCAAUAAUUCGAUUUUGGAUUAUUUUGAGUUGUGCUACUGUUUGUCUGAGUGUCCGAUAUAAUUAUUUGCUUAUUAUUAGUGAAGAAGGACAAAGAUUUCUACGAAAUCAGCAAGACUAUGUAUACUAUUCUAUUUUACUAGUACCUAUGCAAAUUUUUAGUGUUCAUAUCACACAUCAAUGAUGAGCAAUAAACCAAUCUUUUCAUAAUACGUAAUGUUAAAAUCUGAUUUUCUAGCUGUUGCAAAGUUACUGAUAGAUCUAAUUUAAAUGUUGUAACUAAACUGUAAUAACUAAGGUACGAGUACUUACGAGCAAGUAUGUCUUAUUUUUUUACUUCCAAAAGUAGUAAGUAGCAAUUAAGUUAUUUAUUUAGACAAACUUAGUUUUAAGAUUGACAGAACAUUGACCGACUUGGUUCUUUCAUGACCAGGGUAAGGCAAUGUACCUACGUACACUAACUAGGUUAAAAUUUUGUAAUGGUAAGACACUAGAAAAUAUGUAAUAAAUAAAAAUUUCUACAUA